UUCGCAAGUGGCGCGCGCGGAACUCGGACAUUGUAUAAAAGUGCGGCAAGCGUAACGCUUCGGUGUAUUUACACACUUGGCAAAUAAAUAAUAGUUGUGUAAAUAAUGAAAUAAUGAAACAAUAUAGCAAAAUAAAAUAUGCAUUUAUAAAUUGUGAACAAAACUCGGGUGCGCCUUAGUGUAUGCAAUACAAAAGUUACCAACCACAAUAAUUUUUAGCACUGAGCCACAUGAAAUUUCGACGUCCAUUGUGUGGCCAAGCUGAACAAUUGCACACGUUUUUAUGUGCCAGAAUGCAAGAAGUAAGUGGCUUAAAAGUCCAUGCAACCAAGUGAAUUAUGUAGCCCCUACAUGUGGUAGAGAGAGAGAGAGAGAGAGAGAGAGUGUGAAAGAGAAAAAGGAAUUAAAAGAGCUGCCAACAAAGCUGCUGCCGGUCAUUGUACUCAAGCAUUGAAUGUGUCUUUAGUUCUGUCUAUGAGCGUGUAUGUGUAUUCGCAUCUUGUGGCAUUCAGACGACUGCUGCGAUUGUGCCGCGUAUAUCCACUGACUACCAACUAAACUGUGUGUGUUGUGCCAAAGGUGUCAUAGAAGAACUACAUUAUUUCGACGGCGACAAAAUGUUUUUGAGUUCUUUAACUAAGUUGCCGCCUGGUGGCACCAAUGCCGCUGGUGGUGUUCCUAAAACUGUGGGCGGCUGUUGUGUGCCGCUGGGAUUACCUCAACCAUUGCUGCUCGAGGAGAAGAAAUUUCUGCUGGCUGUGGAGCGUGGCGAUAUACCGAAUGUGCGCAGAAUACUGCAAAAGGCGUUGCGACAGCAGCACAUCAAUAUCAAUUGCAUGGAUCCAUUGGGUCGACGUGCUCUUACUGUGGCCAUUGACAACGAGAAUCUGGAGAUGGUCGAACUGUUGGUUAUCAUGGGCGUCGAGACAAAGGAUGCCCUACUGCAUGCCAUCAAUGCGGAGUUUGUCGAGGCCGUUGAGCUGCUUCUCGAACACGAGGAACUCAUCUUCAAGGAGGGCGAGCCCUACAGUUGGCAGACUGUGGACAUAAACACAGCCAUGUUUGCACCGGACGUAACGCCUCUAAUGCUGGCUGCGCAUAAGAACAACUUUGAGAUACUGCGCAUUCUUCUCGACCGAGGUGCCGCAGUGCCUGUGCCACACGAUAUACGCUGCGGUUGUGAAGAAUGCGUGCGCCUUAUGGCGGAGGAUUCACUGCGUCAUUCUCUCUCGCGCGUUAAUAUCUAUCGAGCUUUAUGCAGUCCCUCGCUCAUUUGCCUCACCUCUAACGAUCCCAUUCUCACGGCGUUCCAAUUGUCGUGGGAUUUGCGCAAUCUGGCACUCACCGAACAGGAAUGCAAGUCAGAGUACAUGGAAUUGAGGCGACAAUGCCAGAAGUUUGCAUGCUCACUGUUGGAUCAAACGCGCUCCUCCAAUGAGCUGGCCAUCAUCUUGAACUACGAUCCCACUAUAUCGACCUAUGAGCCAGGGGAUCGAAUGAGUUUGACACGUCUUGUUCAGGCCAUAUCAUACAAGCAAAAGACGUUUGUGGCCCACUCGAAUAUUCAACAAUUGCUGUCAUCGAUUUGGUAUGAAGGACUGCCAGGAUUCCGGCGGAAGGGCAUCGUGGACAGAUUCAUUUGCAUAGCUCAGGUGGCGCUGAUGUUUCCACUCUACUGUUUCAUCUACAUGUUUGCGCCAAAUUGUCGGACGGGCCAAUUGAUGCGAAAACCAUUUAUGAAAUUCCUCAUACAUGCCUCUUCCUAUGUGUUCUUUUUGUUUAUCCUCAUAUUGGUCUCCCAGCGUGCGGAUGAUGAUUUUGUUCGCCUGUUGGGCACAGCCAGCAUGAAGGCUGAGCUGAUGGAGCAGGAGCAGCGUCAGCGUGGCCAGACGCCAAGCAAACUGGAGCUGCUCGUCGUCCUCUAUGUCAUUGGGUUCAUGUGGGAGGAGGUGCAGGAGAUAUUUGCUGUUGGGUUGCGAAGUUACUUGCGUAACAUGUGGAACUUUAUCGAUUUUUUGCGCAACAGUCUCUACGUGAGUGUCAUGUGCUUGCGUGCAUUUGCCUACAUACAGCAGGCAACGGAAAUAGCCAAGGAUCCACAGAUGGCCUACAUACCGCGAGAGAAGUGGAACGACUUUGACCCCCAGCUCAUUGCCGAGGGCCUCUUUGCGGCGGCGAAUGUCUUCUCUGCCCUCAAGCUGGUGCAUUUGUUCAGCAUUAAUCCGCAUCUGGGUCCAUUACAAAUCUCUCUUGGCCGCAUGGUCAUUGACAUUGUCAAAUUCUUCUUUAUCUAUACGUUGGUGCUCUUUGCCUUUGCCUGCGGCCUCAACCAGCUCCUCUGGUAUUUUGCGGCGCUCGAGAAGAGCAAAUGCUAUUCCCUGGCCGGAGGUGAGGCGGAUUGGGCUGGCCACGGUGAUUCCUGCAUGAAAUGGCGACGCUUUGGCAAUUUAUUUGAGUCCUCACAAUCGCUGUUUUGGGCCAGCUUUGGCAUGAUUGACCUGGAGGACUUUGAGCUGACCGGCAUCAAGUCGUAUACUCGUUUUUGGGGCUUACUCAUGUUUGGCUCGUACAGCGUCAUCAAUGUGAUUGUUUUGCUGAAUCUUCUGAUAGCCAUGAUGUCCAAUUCCUAUGCCAUGAUUGAUGAGCACUCGGAUACCGAGUGGAAGUUUGCCAGAACUAAACUCUGGAUGAGUUUCUUUGAGGAUAGCUCAACCCUGCCACCGCCUUUCAAUGUGCUGCCGUCGGUCAAGUGGGUGAUUCGAAUGUUCCGAAAGUCUAGCAAAUCCAUUGAUCGACAGCGCUCCAAGAAACGUCAGGAGCAGGAGCAGUACAACAAAUAUGACAACAUUAUGCGCUCCCUAGUCUGGCGCUAUGUGGCUGCCAUGCACCGUAAGUUUGAGCACAAUCCCGUCACCGAGGACGACAUCAAUGAGGUGAAGAGCGAGAUCAGCACAAUGCGCUAUGAGAUGCUUGAAAUCUUUGAAAACAGUGGCUUGGAUGUGUCCUCAGCCAACAAGAAGGAGAAACAUCCUCGACCAAGACGCAUGAAAGUUUGGGAGCGACGUUUAAUGAAGGGCUUCCAGGUGGCACCAGUACAAACCAGCAGUGAAACGGAUCUCUUGAGCAAUGUGAAUGGAGAUGGAGAAAUGCACGAAAUCAAAGUGGAAGCGAUUCCCUCAAAGCCGGCGAAAGAAACCGCUCGCGAGCGUUUCCAGCGUGUGGCACGAACUGUUCUGCUGCAGUCGAGCACCCACAAGUGGAAUAUGGUGCUGCAGGGGGCAAUGCCCAACUCACAGAUUGGGCGCAGCACCAAAACCCAGCGCAAGAGUCUCCAGAAUCUGGGCAAAGCAAUUGAAGAAGCCAAGAAGCUUAUAUUACUGAAUCCCGGUUGUGCCUCGGGCCGUGAGUCGCCCAUACGGAUUGAGUUUGAGGACGAGAAGACCAGCACGCUGCUGGAUCUGCUCAAUCAGAUCAGCGAGGAAAUCAACGUUUGUGAGAAGCCCCGCAACAAAACGCAUUGGCGUCCACCAUUGAAGUCGGUGCCUGGCCGCGCCAUGGCGGCCAACAACGAAUGGUCUCGAUCGAACACUGCCCCCGAGUUGCAGCUGGCCAGGAAGUUGACGCCGGCACCAAGGCCCGCAAAUAGUCGCACACGCGAACUUCCACUAUGCCCCAGCAAACUGGUCACGGCGGCUGCAACAUCCAUCAGAAAGACGGCGCCGGUCGCGCCCCAACCACCAGCCAUAGCUUACAACUCGAAUAAGAAAACCACAACGACACCAUUUUCCGUAGAGCUGGCGUUGGCCAGACGCCAAGGCGCCGUUAACGCUUCGCAUGGCAUGCCGAGCGGCAAUUCAAAUGCUUUCGAUAUACAUGUUGUGGAUCUGGACGAGAGAAACCAAAGUGGCCAGCCCUUGGAUAAGGAUAACAUAUCAGAUGUUAGCUCCAUUCUUAGCAUGAGUCCCAAGCGGCCAAAUCAUUAAAUGCGCUUCUGGCGUGGACUCUUGUGAUAAGCCUUAACAGGUUUUGCCUUACUUAUUGUACUUCCACUCAUCGUGUUGCCAUUGGCAAAAGUGCGUAUUCUUGCAAAUACCUAUUAUACAUGGAAAUACAAUAAAAUUAUACAUCAACAAAUUGAA